AAUCCUAAAAGAGAAGAACUGGUUUAGUCUUUCUUUUGUCUCUUUAUGUCCGAAAUGCUCUUGCCAGCUGCAGUGAAGAAAAGAAACUCAAUUUUAGGUCAGAAGAAAGAUAAACAAAAAGAAAAAUUCUUGAAAAGCAAGUUUGAAAAAAUAUUAUUCGGAAUCAUUGAAUCAUUCGCUGCCUCCAAAUGGAUUUACAGAGAGUCGAAAGUCUGGAAUUCUAUGACAGAAUUCCAACUGAAGAGAUCGCAAAUGAAGAAUCUCAAAUACAACAAAUGUGUUGUCAUAUCAACAAAAAAAUGUUCCGUUUCAAAAUGCAUUACUUCUUAUUAACUGGAGGUUUAGGGUUAAUCCAUCCUUUUCUUGCUGUUAUUGCACGAGACAGACUGAAGCUUUCCGCUUCUUCCUUUGCUUCUGUCUUGGUUUUCGAACAAUUCCUGUUUGUAUGCACCAAACCUGCCAUCGGAUACAUCACGGAUUACUUUAAUAAACUAAAGACAGUCCUCUGCAUUAUAGCCAUUGGUCAAGUUUUGUUCUUUUUCAUCCUGCUUCUUUUACCACCCAUACCUGAUGGAACGGACGGUGAGCCAUUUAGUGAGACUCACAACCUGACUGCAUGUAAUUUAUGUGAAAAUUCAAGGAUGGACGAGAAUAAAUUGAAGAUUUUUGAAAAUACUACAGGUGGUUCUGAAGCAAGAAGUUUGCUUUAUAUAGCUCAAAAAAUUGAAAAGAAAUCGAAAAUUUUUAAAAAUUCUAUUGGUAAUUCCGAAUCAAAAGGCUUGUUUUAUUUGCCUAUAUUCAGUAAAGACACAUGCAGUUUACUGAGGAAUCAGUAUUCAAAAAUUUCACAGAACUUUAGCUCAAAGAUGUCGUUUGAUUGCAAACUGAAAGCUAAUUCUUUUAUAUACCAUUUGCACAAGGAUGCAAUCAGACUACAAAGUAACGAAACAGAAAAUAAUUCUACCAUUUCUUCCAAUUCCUUGCAUUUCAAAACAUUCGAAUGUCCUCAUACAUUGACAAAUUCAAAUUCAUGUGCUGCUUUGCUUAAUAAUUGCGUCUUGUGUUUCAAUUCAGAAGAAAGUCAUUAUUACUCUGUUAAUGCGUCUAAUUCAGACGAAAUUUCUCGCAGAAAAACAGACUUCGAAACCUACCAAUUCUGGGUCUUUGCUCUUGUUUUCAUAACACUUGAUACUUGUAUAAAUGUCAUUUUUACCCUAUCCGAUACGGCCUGCUGCGAAAACAUGGGAAAAAAGGGAGCCGAUUAUGGGAAACAAAGAUUAUGGGGCUCUUUCGCAUGGGGUUUAUUAGCACCUGUUGGAGGAGCCAUCACAGAUUUCACUGGAGAUUAUAUAGUUACUGGAAUCCUUUUUGCUGUCUUGUCAACUAUUAUGAUAUGGAAUAUUUUGAAAAUGGACUUAAGAAAACCACAAUUUUCCAAAGACAUCCUCAAGAAAGUAGGAACCGUCAUGAAAGAAAAAGAAUUCCUCUGUUUCGAACUCGGUGUGUUCGUCAAUGGUAUCGGAUUGGUAUUCAUCUGGUUUUAUCUGAUGUGGUUCAUCAUAUCUAUUGGCGGCAAUCGUCUGAUUUGUGGUCUGACUCAAACAGUGCAGAGUUUCCUGGGAGAGAUACCGUUUAUGUUUUUCUCCGGGUGGAUGUUGAAGAGAUUAGGAUACUGGAAUGUAAUGAUGCUUUCUCUGUUGGCUUAUUGUGUUAGAUUCUUAUGGUACAGUCAACUGCACAGCCCCUGGAUGGCCCUUCCUAUUGACUGGACACAUGGCGUCACUUAUGGUGUAUUCUAUGCUUCAUUGGCUACUUACGCAAAAGUGAAAUCCAAAAGGGGAACAGAAACCACGAUGCAAGCUGUGAUUGCCGCAACACAUGAUGGCUUAGGUGCGGGAAUUGGCAACAUCAUUGCCGGAGUGGGUUUCGAUUACAUUGGAGCUCAAAAGACUUUCCUCUACACUGGCAUAUGUUUCGGCUGCUGUGCGAUCAUUAGUCUGUGUGCAGCUCUUCUCCAAAAGAAGAAAAAUGCAGCGAAUGCAGAAAUUUGAAUAAAUGGCUUCGUGGUCAAAGACAGCAAAUUCCCUAACUCAAUACCUCCAUGAUGAUGAUCUGCUACAAGAAGUGUCUAUUAACCUAUUGCUGGUGUGGUGUGGACAUAUGAAGAGAGGAUUGCCAAU